CAUAGGCCCUACUGGGAAAUACAUAUUUAUUGAGGCUGUUGUUCAAAAUUACAUGAAAAAUGCUUAUCAUUGUAACCCCUACCCAUAUGUUGGGCUGCCACACACAGUAAAACAGGCAUUAAUUUAGGGCAAGCAGCAUUUAUCAGAUUUUAAAUUCUGCUGGCAGUUGAGUUUGCGAGAUGCCUCGUCUUUUUUAGUAAAGGAUUUUAUAGGACAUGUGACUAAAUUACCCGCUCACAUGGCCGCUGUGUUUGCAUGAUCCGCUUUAGUUUUUAAAGUCCAGUGCUCGAGCUCGCUCUGCAUCAACCAUCCGGAGCAGAAGACCACUAAAGAGCACGACCUAACCAGACAAAUCAUGGCGAGCAGUGGACAAAAAGUAGUUCUGAUCACCGGUUGCUCCUCCGGCAUCGGGUUACGAAUCGCCGUCCUGCUGGCCAAAGAUGAAAAGAAGCGUUACCAUGUCAUUGCCACCAUGCGGGACCUGAAGAAGAAGGAUAAGCUGGUGGAGACAGCAGGUGAUGCGUAUGGGAAGACCCUCAUGCUGCUGCCUCUGGACGUGUGCAGUGAUGAGUCAGUCAAGCAGUGCAUCAACAGUGUCAAGGACCGCCAUAUUGAUAUCCUCAUCAACAAUGCAGGUGUGGGCUUGUUGGGACCCGUGGAAAGCAUCUGUAUGGAGGACAUGAAGAGGGUGUUUGAGACCAACUUCUUUGGCGUGGUGAGGAUGAUUAAAGAGGUCAUGCCUGACAUGAAGAAGAGGCGGGCGGGACACAUCGUGGUCAUGAGCAGUGUUAUGGGUCUACAGGGUGUGGUGUUCAACGAUGUCUACACUGCCUCCAAGUUCGCCAUGGAGGGCUUCUGUGAGAGUAUGGCUGUCCAACUGCUCAAGUUCAACGUCCAUUUAUCCAUGAUUGAGCCAGGGCCGGUGCACACUGAGUUUGAGACGAAGAUGAUGGAGGACGUGGCCAAGAUGGAGUACCCAGGAGCUGAUGCAGACACAGUGCGCUACUUUAAAGAUGUUUACCUGCCCUCCUCCAAGGAUAUCUUUGAGGCCAUGGGCCAGACCCCAGAGGACAUCGCCAAGUGUACUAAGAAGGUGAUUGAGUCAAGGAACCCUCGCUUCAGGAACCUGACCAACAGCCUGUACACGCCCAUCGUGGCCAUGAAGUACGCCGACGAGACAGGAGGCCUGUCGGUCAAUACCUUCUACAACCUGCUGUUCAACUUCGGCCCCCUCAUGCACAUCACCAUGAGCAUCCUUAAGUGCCUGACCUGCAGCUGCCUGCGCCGACGCACCAUCUCACCAAACUGAGACUGGGUCUGAAAUGAAACCCUAUUCCCUAUAUUGUGCACUACCAGGGUGAAAAGUAGUGUAUUAUAUAGGGAUAGGGUGCCAUUUUGGAUGCACCCUAUGAGAAAUAUACAGUGGUGUAGCUGAAUUAUUGACACCCAAACCUGGACCACCUGGGGGAAGGAGGGUGCAUGAGGUUCUCGUGGAGAGAGGCUGAGAGAGAACCAGGAUAAGCUUUGGCCAGGCAACACGCACAAUUGCACAAACACAGACAGUACAGUGUGACCUCAUACAUGGGGCUAAGAGUUUUUUUCUGGUCAGAUCAUGUGAUCGGGAAAAACUCCUGGCCCUCUUCAUACAUACACAUGAUCACACACAAACAACUUACCCACAAACACAGCCAGGCAUCUCCUCCGUCCCGGUCUUUUGAGGUGCUGCUGGGCAAUGACACUGUCUGUCCAUCUGUCUAUCUGUCUGUCUAUCUGUCUGUGGACGGAAAAACAAAGCACACAUAACUUAACCAGUUACAAAGAAUAACAAACGAACAACAGCAUUACAAUCACAGUGAAAGCGUAACGCAGCACCCAAUGAACUUAAGACUCAGGCCUUGCUAAACUCUUAGUACAAUGCAGUAUUUAGCUCUGAGUUACGAAGAAUCUACUAGAUUCCUUCAUUGUACAUUUGAUUUGAUGUAUGUCUUCAUAAUUGUAUUGUUUUGCUGUUUAAUCAUAUUAUUUCUGCAUCUUUUUAUAAGCUGAAUGUGUGGUUUUUAAAAGUUCAUGAAUGGAUAGAUUGUUAAUAUCUUAUUUUUGAAAGUAAUUCAUUGAUUUAGAAAUAAACUUCUUGGUUUACUCUGAAAGAGACAGCCCUUUUCUUAACAGCGCUGUAAUGAUGAGGC